AUGGGCCGCAAGAAGAGCAAGAAGAGCGGACGCAAGAAGCAACGUCUGUCGAACGGCCUGUCGAACGGCCUGUCGAACGGCCAGCCGAAGGGCCUCCGGAACGGCCGCCACAAGUCGUCAAACGUCGAGAUGCAAUCAAGCCAGCUGGACACGACGGCCGAGGCCUCGACGCCGACCGCUGCGCCGCCGACGUUCGCCGUGAUGGACGGCGCACUUACCCUCGACGGUCUCGCGGCGGCAGCCAAGGUCUUUUGCGCCCAUGACGGCGAGAUGUCUCCGAUGCUCAUUGCGCGCAACGUGCCGCUGAUCGCGUGGCGUGAUGACGAGGCGCUCAACGCCCGGCAGUUCCACGUCAUCUUGUGUGCCACGUUCAAGGGUGAUCCGUGGGACCCGGCGACGCUGGCCACGAUCUCCAUCGUCCGACGUACCCCCAGCGGUCCGCAUCAGGAGCCUUUGGCCCGCACGAUGAUGGAUCUUGCCAACCAGGCAAUCAACUUUCCCGAUGCGUUCUGCAUUGGACCUUGCAAAGGGCUCACGCUGGACGGCAAAGUGCGCGAGCCGGACAUGGCGAUCUUCCAGUACAUUCGUGCGUUUGAGUGCCUUGACUCUCCGUGCAUGGUGCUGGAGCUCGACUACAAAAACCGCACGUUCGUCGUCUUGGAGCCAUGGAUCAAGGCGUACGUCAGUGUCAAGACCCGCACAGCUGUCGGCGUCAAGAUCUUCGGCGACCAAGGUGGCGAGGUUGGUCGCUUUGGCGCCGUCGCGCUCAAGUACGUUUACGGCGAGGCUGGCGCUGCGACGCUCCAGUUUGCCGCGAGCAUUGGCACGGCGCCGCUCACGCCUGAAUCUAUGCGCGGGAUGAGCGACGAGGUGCGCGCCGCGAUGCAGCAUUUCCACGUCGGGAUUGCGCACGAAGCGGAUCUGCACCAUGCGCGCUGGGCCCACCCGACGCUGGCUCCGCCGCGCAUCGAGCUGACGGUGGACGACCUCUGGUACCAAGAUGAAGACCACUUGCUCGGCGCGGCGCCGCCGAAUCUCACGAGCCUCUUCAUCGACCUCUACACCCUCGCCAUGAGUGCGCGCGCUUCCGACACGGUACCGUUCGUCGUCAUGGAAGGCGCCGUCACGCGCGAAGGCCUCGAGGCCGCCGCCACCCUCUUUCAGGCGCAGGUCAACGACGCGCCACGCAUGCUCGUAGCGCGCAACGUGCCGUUGGUCGAAUGGCUUGCCGACGACUACGACAGUCGUCUCUGCGGCGCCAUCUUGUCGGUCACGUACGAAGGCGAGGCCGACGACGUGUCGACGCUCGCGUCGAUCUACAUUGUCCGCGCCAUCACGCGGCCGCCAUAUAGCACGACUUUCGAGAUGGCCCAGAGCCGUCCGAUCAUUGCGAACGGCGAGGUGCGCAUCGCCGACUCGCAGAUGGCGUGCGUAGACGCCAACGGCGCCAUGCUCCCGCCGAUCAUGGUCAUUGAGCUCGAGGUCGUGAACCGAAGCAUCUCGACCAUCGUGGCCUGGAUGCAGGGCUACUUUGACAUGCUUGCGGGGCUGCGCGUGGCGCUGGCCUUCAAGUACUUUCUCGACGAGGACGCAGAAGACCCCCAGCGCUUUAGCGCAGUCGUGCUCCAGUACGGUCGCAACGCGAUGGGCCACGUGGUGCUGCAGUUUGCAGCCAGCUUUGGCUCGGUUUCGUUGAGCCUGGACGAGAAGGCGACGAUCGACGACGACAUUUUGGCCACGAUGAAGGUAUUUGACGACGAAAUUGCAAGCGAGCUGGCACUGGGCCACACGAAAUGGGCCCAUCCGACGGUGCCGUGCCCGACCCUCCAACUGUCGGUCGAGGAACUCUGGCCCGGGCCCGACCGGGAGUUGUAUGUCACUCCCGGCACCGAGAACAUUUCCAUGGACCUUUACGCCAUGAUGCUAGCGAUUCGCGAUUCGAUGGCGGAAGAGUAG